AGGCCACGCCAGGUCGGCCUUGGAUUCCUUUCAAGCCUGGAGCGCGGGGAGGAACCAGCCCGGAAAGGAGUGGCUCCAAAUGGACCUGAAGCGGGCGCAGGUGAUUUCUGGGGUGGUGACUCAAUCUCGAGCUGAAGGCACCCCCUGGAGCAACCAGCGGGUCCCCAAAUAUGCGGUGCACGUGUCUCUGGAUGGGCGGAAGUGGACCCACGUGGGGGACUUCAAAGGGAACGCGGACAGUGUCUACAAGUCCAAGGCAGCCUUUCCCUCGCCUAGGAAGGCACGCUUCGUGCGCAUCAUCCCGCUGGGAUUUGUGGCGCACAUGUCAAUGCGGGCGGGCGUGCUGGCGUGCAUGAGCUUGCCGGAGGACAGCAUUGUAUGGAAUCUCGACUUUGAGGACCAGUCUGCAGACUCGGGAUACAAGGGCGAUCUCAUCGACAAGGUCUACCGAUUCAAGCAGGACGAGCUGGUGGCAGAUGUCACCGGUGUCUCCCACACACGAAGGUAUGCUCACGGCUUCCUGUGCAAUGGUGAGGCCGGGUGCAACGAGAAGUUCAGCUUGACCUUCACAGGCCUCCAGGAGAAGCAGAUCUGCAAAUUCAGGUACUUUGGGUUCCAGGACAAGCCCAUCGGCAGCAACUGCCGCUACUCCUUCUUCGCCAACGACGUGGAGAAGGCAAAGUCCAUCGAAGGCAAGUGUAGCUCCGUGGACGAGUGCGUGCCGAAUGCGGAGGGGGAGGCUCAGGCCGACAGCGAGGGCAAUCUGGUCUUCCGCUGGCAGCGCCACAGUGGGGGCCACAUGGUGCUCUCGGGCUUCCAGCUCGCAUGCGUGCCGCUGGGCAGCCGCAUCUCUGAGACCUGCUAUGCGCGUCGGCCCCUCGUGGCGGACGAAGGUCCCGGUGUCGGGGACCUCAAGUCCGUGGACUCUUUCGAUGAUUGCACGCAGAUGUGCACUAGCAUCUCCGGGUGCGACAGCUUCGCGAUGUGCACGGGUGGAAUGAACUGCCACUUCAAGAAGAAGGUGGUCACCCCAACUGAAGCCAGCAACCCUGACCAGAACAGGCAGAACGAUUGCGGCACCUGGUACAAGGUCAAGUGCCCGAAGGUGCUGGAGACGACGACCACCACCACAACUACCACCACUUUGGGAUUGGUGGUGAAGGACCUAACCUCUUGCUUCAACCACUGCGAGGGCGAUCGCUGUGACGCGGUGUCCUUCAAUGAGCGCACCAACGAAUGCCACAUGUACGACGCACCUCCGCUGGGAUAUGGCAAUUACAUCGACGAGAGCGAUGUUACAUGCUACACCAAGGCCCCGCUGGGAUGGUCGGAGUACAAGUUAUCGCCCAGCAAGAAAUGGGACGAGCGCUGUGCCGGCGGGGAGGAGAAAUGCGACAUCGAGGGCGGCAAGAACUUCAGAAAACUCUGCUUGGAGUGGUGCGCGGAUGACAACGCCACGAAGUUCUGCAGCGUGGACAUCAGCGGCCGGAAGAAGCCCUGCUGCCGGCGCGGCCCCAGCUGCGAGGAGCUGGAAGCCGCCGGCCGCGAGUACAGGAUCUUCAAGCACAAGGAUCACUACGUGGGCAUGCCUUGCGAUGAUGGGAACAAGUGCUUUGUGCUGAGCUGGAAGUUCAACGUGCUGGGACAAUUCGCCAAAGACACCGCCACUGAGUCCUGCCGGGACGGCUGCGACAGCACGGACUGCCAUGGGUUUUCCUUGCAAUCAAACAUCGACAACCCUGACGACGACACGCAUUUGUCGUGCUUCUUGUACAAGGAGAAUGCACCAAAGAACACGAGGUGCAGCUUCGAUCCCUUGAACCGCAACGACUGCGCUGUCCGAACGGAGCAUGGCGAGUUCUGGGUCAAUUUGCACGUUCAGAAGGAGUACAACGUCAUCGGCUAUGACCAAACCUUCCAACGGGUGGCGCCGGAGGUGGAGGAGAUGGCCUCAGUGCCGGCGUGGGGAAAGGCCUCCAUGAGCUCCACCUACUCGGAGGAGACAGAGGCUCAGAACUGCCAAGAUCGCAAGCCCGACACGCGAUGCAUCACCGCCUGGGCUGGAGGACGUGGAGAACUGGAUCCCUGGUGGCAAGUGGACAUUGGCAAGGCGGAGCGGAUUGUGAAGGUGAAGAUCCAAGCAGCUCCAGAUAGUUGCGACUCUCUGGAGAAGUUUGUGAACUCCAGCUGCUCUUUGAAAGGCGCAUUUGUGGGCGUCAGCAAGCGACCUUGUGCAGGCAACCGCUGCGACGGCGAGCUGUGCGGGACCGUGACCGAGAACGACCAAUCCUCGGAUGGAAACUACGAGAUCUCCUGCGGUGUAGCGCCUGACUACCCUGAGGGCCGCUAUGUCUAUGUGCAGCACAAGGGAAACCGGAAUCUCCACUUUUGGGAGUUCACCGCCUACAAGGUGGCUAUGGCGGUGCCUGCCAAAGGAACGCCCAGCAUCAGUUCUGUGGAAGAGGGCGCCAUUGCGGACUACUGCUCGGACGACGAUUUCACCACCCGCUGCAGCACCAAGUGGAACCAAGGUCGCGGUGAAGCGAAUCCCUGGUACCAAGUGGACCUCCACGCCAUGACUGCCAUCGACAAGAUCCAGUUGUGGGCCAAGCCGGAGAGCUGCGAGGCCUUAGGGGGCUACUCGGGUCAGCACUGCAGCCUCUACGGCGCAGUCUUUGGACUCAGCCUGUCGCCCUGCAAAGAUGGCUUUUGUGACGGCUACAUUUGCGGGAACCUUACAGAGAUCUCCUACAAGGAGGACUGGUACGAAGUGUCCUGCGGGGGGAUGGCUGGGCGCUACGUGUACCUGCAGCUGAUGGGGAAGCGCGUGCUGAACUUCUACGAGCUGAUUCCCUUUAAGGACAUCACCGCGGCGUCCGCGAGGGGCUUUCCCACCAUGAGCUCCAUCUUCGGGAACCACUUCGCGCGAUACUGCACCGACGGCAGGCAGGAGACGCGAUGCAGCACCGACUGGAAAGCAGCCCACGGGGAGAAGAACCCCUGGUUCCAGAUCGAUUUGGGCAGCUCCAAGCCGAUCAAGUUCCUGCAGGUCCUGAAGUCCGAUAGCUGCGUGGCCAUGCGCGGCCUGUCGGGUCUUCACUGCAACCACGCGGGCGCGGUGCUCGGAGUUUCGGAGACGCCCUGCGAAGGCGAGUCCUGCACGGGCAAGACCUGCGGCAAGCCGUACAAGCACAGCGACCAACCCUGGUACGGUGCAGAUUGUGCAGGCAUUGCUGGGCGGUAUGUCUAUGUGCAACUACCCGGAACUCGCGUGCUGAACUUGAAGGAGUUCUUGGUCUUUGAGUCCAAGGAUCCGUACGCCAAAUACCGGGAUGUGACGAAGAUCUUCCCGUGGAACCACCUGGAACAGGAGGCGCUGGAAAGGAAGACCUUCCGCAAUCCCUGGAAGAUGGUGAUGAAGCAGGACCUGCGCGGGGGGUUCCACGGGAACAAGUACGCGUGGACCUUCCAGGUGCACAAUUAUGACAAGGUGAUGCACUACGUGGCAUCCGACGGCGAGACGCAUUUCAAGUACAGCAUCCUGUCGGAGGUUGGAGAACUGAAGAUGAAGUCUGGCAAGUUCAAGUUCAAGCUUGAGUUCGUCCACACCACCGGGACCGCCUUUGCGGUUUGGGAGCAAGAGUCCAAUCCGUUUGAUCCAAGCAGCAAGUGUGCGGAUCUGGAGAAGCAGCAGCCUGACUUUGAGCGUUCGAAGCUCAUCAAGGGCUUCAAGAAGGACUGCCCCGAGUGCGUGAUCCCAGAUGACUGGUCCGACUUCCAGGGCCUCUACCGCAUCUGCAACGUGAAGAAGAAGGGCUACUGCCGGGGCUUCUCAGAGUGCCCCUUCGAUGCAGCGGCAGGCGGUGGACCGAGCCAGAAGGAGAGCGGUAGCCCCACCGCCUUCCUGAAGUAUGCUGUCGGUAUCACUGGUGCGGACACCAUGCGAAUGUACAAGGAUGGCAUGCCCUACGCCACGGAGACCAAACUCUUCGCUUGGCAUGAGAAGUAUGCCGACUACUGGAAGAGCCGUGCCAAAGCCCGAAAGGAGGCCGAGCAGCUGAAGAGCGUGAUGAUCGCUCAGCAGUGCAACGGCACUCGCUUGCCCUGCCGCGGCGAAGACGACAAGCCCUGCGAGCUCGCGGGCGGAGAUUGCUACAACGUCUUCCACGGCUGCGGCGGAACUUAUACGCAAUGCCAGGUCACCAAGAUCUCCAAGUCCGUCUCGGCCUGCAAAAACGGGCCUCAAUGUUACCCCCACUGCAGCGGAAGGCUAUUGGAUGGGGACAGGUGCGAAGAUCACGCUCCCAUGGACUGUCAAGGUGGCUACGUGAUCCAGUGGAAGGGUCGGACAGCGAAGAAAAUCGGCACCGCGGUAGGCAAAAGAUGUGAGAUAAAUGCACAAGAUCCUCGCAAGUGCAGAGAGAAGCAGGAUGAUAUCGGCUGCGUUGCCAUCUUGACGGAGGAUGAGGAAGAGACAUACUUCAAGUAGUUGCCCAGACCUCCAGUUGCUUUCCCUUCAC